AUGAUUUUCUCAAGUAGUACCGUGUUUCUCUUUUGGUACUUUGGUGCCUUCACCUAUGCGAGGCCAACUUAUCCUCCGGCCCUGCCACAGCCGGGAACGCCACAACGACCGAGUCCUCCAAACAAAGAGACACCAGACCAGUCUCUACUCAUCAGCCUGCCCGGAUAUGGCAGCUUCCAAGGCACCAAGCUGUUGAUGGAUCUGAAGAAGACGGAGACUUUCAGCAGACCGGUAGAUGCUUGGUUGAAUGUCGAGUACUCUACGCAGCCGGUUGGACCAGGCCGGUUCAAGCCAGUUACCUGGCCUGCGCCUUUUGAUGGCACAAAAGAUGCGACAGCGAAUGGACCGGCUUGCUUCCAGAACAUGUACAGCUCGCUGGGACAGUCUGAGGCUUGCCUCACCAUCAAUGUCUACCGACCAUCUGGCGUCUCCAUGGAAAAGAAGCUGCCAUCUUUGGUCUACCUGCACGGUGGAUCAUUUGUUUCUGGCUCCCACCGCAGCUUCGAUGGUGCCACGUUUGUUGAGAGAAGCACGGAGCCUCUCAUGGUCGUCACAGUGCAGUAUCGCCUUGGCGCACUAGGCACUCUCCCUGCAAAGUUCAUGGAAGAAGAGGGUCUUUUGAACCUGGGGAUCCGAGAUCAAAAGAUGGCGCUGGAGUUUUUGCAAAAAUACAUUGGUCACUUUGGAGGCGACAAGGACCAGAUCACGCUUGGUGGACAGAGUGCUGGCGGCCACGCUGUUGGCAUUCAUCUCUUCCACAACUAUGCUGAGGAUGCUGGCAAGCCAUUGUUCAGCAAGGCUGCCAUUUCAUCUGGUUCGCCGACUGCUCGUGCAUUCCCAGGUAUCGACUAUCCGCUCUACCAACGCCAAGUUGCAGACUUUAUGGAUUAUCUCAACUGUCCUGAAUCACCUACCUCGGAAGCGCUUGCGUGCCUGGAGGCAUCUGAAGUGGAUGAUAUCCAGUUCAUUUCCUCGUCAAUCUACAAUGCCCACAACUACAACAUCACAUGGCCCUGGCAGCCUGUUUCUCCAGGACCAAUCUUUGAGAAGCGUGGCUCGACAUCUGGCGAGGAAGGAACUUUCUUCAAGGUCCCUCUCCUCAUCUCUUCUACUACCGACGAAGGCAAAGCUUUCGCACCACAGGACCUACGCACUGAUGCCGAGUACCUCACCUUCUGGGAAACUCUGACCCCAGGCCUGAACGCCGAGGAUCUUGCUGAUCUGGAGCAAUUGUACCCCAACACAAAGAUUGCACCCGGCACACUGGGAUACGUUUCCGACCAAUUCGAGCGUCUCUCCGCUGCUUACGGAGACUACUCGUACAUCUGCCCCGUCCAAGACACCGCGGUUGUCCUCUCCUCCGCCUCCGCACCCGUCUACAAGGCGCGCUGGAACACACCCAACUUCUCGCCAACAUACAGAGGCAUACCCCAUGCCAGCGACUCUCUCUACUUCAACGGCCAGCUCAACACACAAUACCCGGAGAUAUCCGUGCUCUACAGCGCAUACUGGGCGAGUUUCGUCGUCAGUGGCGAUCCAAACACGCAUCGUGUUGCCGACUCUGCGGUCUGGGAGAAGUACGAGGGUGCUGGAAGUAAGCAGUUGGUAGUUAGCCCUCCAGACCAAGGUGGCGCGUAUAUGGAGGAUGAGGGAGUGGCAAUUAGGUUGGAGCAGUGUAAAUGGUGGAGGGACCCGGAGCGGGCGAAGAGGCUUAAUAAGUAA